UGGCCAAUUCCAGAUAACUUUCUUCCUUUCUCCUCCCCUCCUUCAUUAAAAGGAAGCCAGGAACAACAUGGCUCUCUCUCCCCCUCUCCCUUAUGCAUCUCUGCACUAGCCAUGGUUCACACAUCGAAAGCCUCAGCACGGCGCUGAAGUGCCGAUCAUGGCCGCCCGUUCUCCUGCCGCCGCAGGGUUCGAAAACGAGUGCAGAGAGAUCCAUGGCGCGUGCGACGAGCCGCGCCGCCUGAGCCGCCUCCUGGCUCACCGGAGCGCGUCGGAGAGGCAGCAGAUCAAGGCGACGUACCGUGCAAUGUUCGGCGAGGACCUCGCCGGCAGGCUCCACAAAACCCUCACGGCCAAUCAGGACAAUGAGCUCUGCAACCUGCUCUACCUGUGGAUGCUUGACCUGGCGGAGCGAGACGCGAUCAUGGCGAGGGACGCCAUCGAGAGCGGCGCGGCGGCCGAUUACCGCGCCCUUGUCGAGGUCUUCACGCGGCGGAAGCAGGACCAGCUCUUCUUCACCAAGCAGGCGUACCUGUCCAGGUUCAAGAAGAACCUGGAGCAGGACAUGGACACCGACCCCUCGCACCCUUAUCAGAGACUAUUGGUAGCUCUGGCAACCUCCCACAAGUCGCACCACGAUGAACCCAGCCGGCACAUCGCGAAGUGCGACGCCAGGCGAUUGUACGACGCCAAGAACGGUGGCGGCACGGGAUCGGUCGACGAGGCCGCCAUCCUCGAGAUGUUCAGCAAGAGGAGCAUCCCACAGCUCAGGCUGGCGCUCUGCAGUUACAAGCAUAUAUAUGGGCAUGACUUCACCAAAGCACUGAAGAAGAAUUUGGCUGGUGAUUUUGAAGAGUCUCUGAGACUUGUUGUCAAGUGCAUCUACAGUCCUUCCAAGUAUUACUGCAAGUUACUGCAGAGAAGCAUGCAACGCCCAGAAGCCCAUAAAAGGUUGGUUACGAGGGCUAUCUUGGGCAGCGACGACGUCGGCAUAAACGAGAUCAAGUUGGCGUUCAAGAGUAACUUCGGAAAGAACUUCGCAAAUUUCAUCCAUGAAAGCUUACCACAGAGUGAUUACAGAGAGUUUCUUUGGUUGUGGCAAGGGGGCCGGUGCCCAGUAGCAUCAUAAAAUUGGUACUUGCAUUUUGUUUUGUAAUAGUGGUAAGUUGAACAUGAAGAGUGGCAGCAGUGCCAUCUUAUCUGAACUUGGGAUUAGGUGAGAA